GUGUGUUCCGAGGCCGGAUCACGGUGGUCCACACGACCAAUUUCGCGUGUAAAUUUCGACGAUCAUUUACGGCCGCGUGUACAGUUCGCGAAACUGUCAACUAGUGACAUUCAUCGGUCUCUAUCUCUUACGAUGCGUUUCACGAGCGAAAUCAAUCUCGACUGAGAAGUAUCGAAUUGCAAUUUCGAGGUUAUCCACCUUAAUCGAGAAUCGAUAUUUAUAGUAAUCUCGUCCCGAUGGUUUCGAAUCGCCUAUCGGUAAGUGCGAUACAAUAUGGUGGACUACAAUCGCGCGCGAUGUUAAUACGGAAAAUUAACCUAAAAUAUCGAUCGAAUCGAUCCGUAUAUGACUAGGACCAAGUGUGCACGUGAAUUCCUCUGGUUGGAACGGCGUAUUAUUGUGUGUAAUAUUUUACGAGAAGUGUCGUCGAUUGAAAUUGUCUUCUGGAAUCGAUCGAAACAUGAUUAGUAACUAAUUUUGACGACAACGUUGUUCGGAUUUGUGACACAACUACAGUGUGCGCAUAUAUAUACGUCUACGUAUACAUGUGUGUAACCGUGUACGUGUGUGUGUUUACAUUGAAUCAGUGCUCGUUGGCAACAUCAUGAUCCGUCGACGUGAGUGCGAUCGAGUACUCUGGAGUGCUACCGAGGGUGUUUCUAGUGCGAGCUUCGGGGUUACCGUCUGCGUGUGGGUUUCGAGAUGCGUCCUGCGGUGCAUCACCCACGAGUAACUGCAAUUGGAGGCCGAUGUACCCGUAUAUAUACCGGUAACUUGGCCACGAGUGAGCGUAGUGUACCGACUAACCGCUGGAGUAAUUAAUCCGACGUAUGUGCGGACAGAUAUCCUUGUUUCUCUACGCAGAGUCAAUCACUGACGUCGAUUCAGAAUCUAGAGUUCGUCGUUUGAUUAACAGCCUCAAAAGAUUAGAGUCUUGAUUGGAAUUACUACGUUGAAGACGACAAUCGAUACUACUGAAAAACACAAGUGCGAACGAUAAAAUUGGAAUCAUCGAUAAAUUAAUGCAUAUAAGAGGAUCGAUUGUUACAUACGCAAAAUAUAUGAAAGAAUGUUCGCGAACACUGAUUGUUCCCAUUUCUUUAUACGCAAAUUCCUUCUAACGUCCAUUAACCGAAUGUCAACAUUGCUUGAAUAACAAAUGACAUCAUUGUGUACUGCGUAUCAUUAGGUAGAGGUAUUAAUUAGAAAAAAGAGGAAAGAUCAGUUUACUUCUGACAAAUUCGUCGAAACCGAUGAUACUACGUAAAUUGAUAUUUCAUGUUGAUAAAUAUUUCCUGCGAAUUUGACCGUGUAAGCGUGUUUUUCAGAGGUUUACCGACUGAUCAUCGACCGCGUGGCUGCCAUAUUACCUGACGUCAGCUGCUUAUCGCAAUCGAUUUGAAGUAUAUAUCGAUUCAAAUAUCGAAUAACGCCAGUACAUUAUUCACAUUGUUUAAGUGACGUGUUCGAAACGAGUGUACGAUUUGGAAAUCAUCCGUUUACGAAAAUAAUUCUAUCCAUCGAGGUUGUGCAAUUGUGUAUCGUAAUACGGGCGUCGCGUGGUUUUUCGUUGGAUAAAAAGUUCUUCUCUACUGACUUUUCUUUAAGUUGAUUAAUCGAAGAAUUUCGGUCAGUGUUCAUUGGCAUCCAUGUUGGAAAGUUGCUAAACGUGCAUUUUGGCGGACAAAGUAAACGUCGAUUAUUCGAAUAGAUAAUUAAUUAAGACCAAGUUCAGAAGGAGAUAUUCGUUCUGCAUAACCAAUCAUCGGUUCGAUAUCCUGAUCACCUUACAGUGUACAUACAUCAUUCGAUUCGAUUCGAAAGGAACGUCUUAAUUAAUAAUCACGCGAACCCAUUGAAAUUCGUGUGCCGUUUCGCAUAUUAAAGAGGGCAAUUAAAGAAAAAAAGGGAAACCUGAGGGGAGAAAGGACCAGAGAAACAGACCUUGGCAACCGUGAGUGGUGGAUUUGGCCAAUCUCAUCGUCUACUUUUUACCUCGUUUCGCGAACACCGAAAAAGAAUUCUCACGCCACACGCCACGAAAGGAACCUUAGACACGCACGCACGCACUCACGCACUCUUCCAGGAUCAGAAAACUCGUGUCCUCGGUGAUUUCAAUUUUUUCAUAGUUUUUUCAAUUCUCUUCAGUGGUCAAUUUUAAUCUUCCGUGGAAUUGCUACACGACGAUCGAGGGCACCCGUCAACGACUCCGCUCGGGACCUAGCAGCGGAGGGACGCAGCGUGGAAAAAUUGCAUCGUAUCGGCCGGGGAUUCUUCCAUCCGUUUUUCGCCGUGUCACCGCAUCGUGUGGCCCCUGUUAAAGACUGUUGGAACCUGGCAGCAUCGUUGAAACGCAGGACCACCUCGCCGAUUCGAUCGUAAUCGGACAAAGAGAAUUCUUUCCCACGAGCAGCUGGUGCUACGAUUGCCCGAGGUUGUUGCGGAAACACGACGCGUAGUCGGAGCUCGGAACUUGACGAUGGAGUGCCGCAAGGGUCGACGGAAAGGUCUACUCAGUGGCCUGGUGUUUGCGUGGCUGGUAACCAGCGGUUGUACCGUCGCGGCGCGAAAUAUAGAUAGGUACGACACCGCGUACGCCUGCGAGGGGAAAACAUUGUGGAUCGAGUGCGGCGAGGGAAAGCUGAUCCAUCUUAUCAGAGCGAAUUACGGAAGGUUCUCGAUAACGAUAUGCAACGAGCACGGGAACACCGACUGGAGCGUCAAUUGUAUGUCACCCAAAUCCUUCCGGGUGCUCAACAGCGAGUGCAACGACCAGCAGAACUGCAGCAUUGUUGCAUCGACGCUGCAAUUCGGCGAUCCCUGUCCCAACACGCACAAGUACCUCGAGGCGCAUUAUCGUUGCCUGUCCGCUGCAACAACCACGACAACGUCCCGUCCGAGUCCUCCGUGGUUCAUGACUUCUCAGCCGAGCGUUUGGAGCACGGCUAAGCCGACUGUCAGGCCUCCCUCGAGGAUUACGACACCCUCGGCUCAGCAACCGCCGCAGCCACCAGCACCGUCCACCCCGGCGCUCCCAAUAACCACCACUCCAAGGUCGCCGAGGUCGCCGCUCGAUAUGGAGGUCGAAGUGGACCAAGACUUAAUAUCUCCUGCGAAUGUUCCGUCUGCGAAUACACCGGCGAUGCCUCCGAUCGUUCCCGAGACCACUCAAGCCACAACCACGUCGACCUUUGCCCCUUGGAGAACGAGUCGAAGGACCACUGUGCCGAGUACCUUAUACCCGGAGUCGAGCUCGAACGGGCAAUGGUACGACUACGGCAGACAAGUGUGUCCCCCGGUGAUAGCCAGGAACCUGUCGUGGAACACGACCAGGGCGGGCGAUGUCGCUGUUCAGAGUUGUCCAGGCGGCGCGAACGGUUUGGCGCGUUGGAGAUGCCUUGCCAGAGGAGACACGGCAUUCUGGCACAGGGACAGCCCGGAUCUGAGCGAGUGCCGCUCCGUAUGGCUCACCACGCUCGAGAACAGGGUGACGGAGGGCGACGUGAUCCUCGGGAUCAGCCGCGAACUGUCGCAGGUGACCAACAACAGCAGAGGGCUUUACGGUGGCGACAUGAUGAUCACGACCAAGAUCAUCAAGAACAUGGCGGAGAAGAUGGCGCAGGAUAUAAGAACGUAUCAGGACGCGAAUCAGAGGGAGGUGAGCGUGACCGAGCUGCUCCAAGGUGUCGUGAGGACGGGUAGCAACCUGCUGGACAAGGCGCAAAUGGCGUCCUGGAAGGAUCUGAGCCAUCAGGAGCAGAUGAGAGUCGCGACCUCUUUAUUGAUCGGCCUCGAGGAGAACGCGUUUUUGCUGGCCGACACGUUGAUGCACGAGAAAACGAUCACUCACGAGGGAAGGAACAUACUGAUGGAAGUACGCGUGUUGGAUGCACGGAACAUCGGUGACGAUUUAGAGAUAUUCCCGACAGAGGCAGCUCAACAGAGGUGGACAGCCUCGAACGAUCGUGUCGAGUUAACUAGAGGAGCUUUGCUAGAGAACAGCGAGGGUGGCAUUGUCCGUUUGGUCUUCAUGGCCUUUGACAGGCUUGAGGAGAUCUUGCAGCCGCAAGCCGAGGUGUCAUCGUUGGUCAUGAACGACGAGCAGCAACCAUUACCGAAAAGGAACACGACCAGGCUUCUAAAUAGCAAAGUGAUCUCCGCGUCUUUAGGCAAAGGAAGGCAUAUUCAGCUUAACGAGCCUGUCAGAGUCUAUUUCAAGCAUCUAUCUAUAGAGAACGUUACCAAUCCGACCUGCGUAUUCUGGGAUUACAUCUUAAGCGCUUGGUCAGAGGAGGGUUGCGAAAUACGGAAAACCAACGAGACUCACACAGUGUGCGAGUGCAAUCAUCUUACAAAUUUUGCCGUUCUGAUGGACGUUCACGCUGUCAGAUUGGACAUAGCUCACCAGGUCGCGUUGCAAAUCAUCACCUAUAUCGGCUGUAUCAUUUCCGUGGUUUGCCUGGUUCUAGCAAUUCUGACCUUUCAAUUAUUUCGCGGACUGAAGUCGGACCGAACGACCAUCCACAAGAAUCUCUGCGUGUGCCUGUUGAUCGCGGAAAUUUUAUUCGUUUGCGGAAUCGGGCAAACGAACCAGAGAAUUGUCUGCGGUAUCGUCGCUGGAUUAUUGCAUUUCUUUUUCCUUUGCGCAUUCGCCUGGAUGUUCCUCGAAGGGUUCCAAUUAUACGUGAUGCUGAUCGAGGUGUUCGAAGCGGAAAAAUCAAGGCUACGUUGGUAUUAUCUGAUCGCCUACGGUGCUCCAUUACUGGUCGUGGCCAUUUCUUGUAUAAUCGAUCCUCUCAGUUACGGAACCGAUCGAUAUUGCUGGCUACGAGCGGACAACUACUUCAUCUUCAGCUUCGUUGGACCAGUGAUACUCGUUAUAUUGGCGAACUUGGUAUUUCUUUCGAUGGCGAUUUAUAUGAUGUGCCGACACGCGAACACAACCGUAGCGAUGAAGAGUAAGGAGCACUCACGAUUGGCCAGCGCAAGUGGAAAGGAAGAGAAUGCUCUUCCCAACAAAUUGCAAGCGCACUUGGCAUGGCUGAGAGGAGCGAUCGUCCUUGUCUUUCUGCUGGGACUCACCUGGACCUUCGGCCUUCUCUACUUGAACCAAGAAUCCGUAGCGAUGGCGUACAUCUUCACCAUAUUGAAUAGCCUGCAGGGGCUGUUUAUCUUUGUGUUCCAUUGCGUUCAGAACGAGAAGGUGAGGAAGGAAUACAGGAAGUUCGUGCGCCGCCACUCCUGGUUGCCCAAGUGCCUAAGGUGCUCCAAGACGGUGGCCGGAAGCUCCGGUGGUUCUUCCGGUACCAGCGGCGGCGGUGGUGGCGCAAAUGGCGGCAAGGACUUCGGCUCUCACAACACCUCGUCGAAUCCGUCGGCGCCCACCACAGACAGCUCCGGAUUGUCGCCGCACGCCGCCUCCAAUUACUUGGCGUCCGGUCGAAGCUGGGCGAUUGUCGAUAGGCAGCCGGCAGUAACAGCGCCACGUGAAUCCUCUUCGACAGAGGCUCACAUCGUGGCGACCCUGCCCUACGCCCGUCACGCCUUCUUACCCUCAGCUCCCAAUAUCCCCAAAUCUGCCACCGCCACUUGGGGCCACCUUAACAAAAACCUCAUGUGGAAGAACAUUUCUUUUAAAUCGUAUUCCCGGGACUCCGGGCACGGCGGUUCCGAGCAGGAAGACUCGCCCAAGACGCACAACACGAUGACCCUGGGCCACUCCGGGCGGAACCGCGGCGCGAGAGGGAUCAACGAGGGGAACGAGAUGAGCGGCAACAGGACGACCGGUGGCGGCGGGGGCGGCAGGCGAGCCGCGUUGCCUUACAAGCACAAAGACGCGGGGAUAAUCGACGGGCGCGUGAACGGGCCGGGCCAUCAUCAGCUGCACGCCCACCACGGCCAACACGUGCACCUGCCGCGGGACCUGGCGAACGAGGACGAGCCCGUCUACGAGGAGAUCGAGCGGGGAGGCGGGGGUGGAGGCGGCGAGAUCCAAGUCUCGGACAUGUCGGACGAGGAUGGGAGGAGGCAGAGCGACAUGAGCAGGCAAUCGUCGAGAAGUUACGGCGAUCACAGGCCGUUGAUCCCUUACUCGCCCGCCACCGAUAGAAAUCUCAUGCAUUACGGGCAAACGUUGACGGAUCGCGGAGGCGGAGGAGGGAAUAUCCAUUGUGACGAGUACAGCCCCGCGUUCGAGAGGACACUCAACACUUGUUGGGAGAAGCUGAGGAAACAGCAGGCAUGGUACGAGAGGGGCGAGCUGCCCCGGCUUCCGGCCAGUUACGGUAUACCGCCUCAGCCGGAUCACACGAGAACAGUCGCGGUUCUGGACGGGCACACGGUCGUCUGUCAUCUGCAGCCGCAGACGGACAUGUAUACCGGCCGCGGGAUGCCACCCCCUUCGUGCAGCGAGUGUUAGGACGGUCCCGCCGCGUCGCGCCGUCUUCUUGUCGUCCUCUUCGUCUUCCUGCACGAGGGAUGAUGGAUAAGCUUUCUCGCUCUCGAGACCACGCCGUUUUCGUGGCAAUUGGCAAUCGAUCGAUGAAGAAGAAAACGAUCGUGCGCUUCUUCGUUGCUCGGGGACCAUGUUGUUGUACUCGAGGAUCGGAUCUCUGCGCGACACGUUCAUUUCCGAGAAGGGAUCGCGCAACAAGGGGGUUGAUCGUCGAUCCCUCUUGAACAACGGUGGUUCGUUCCUGAUAACGAAGAAAGGUCCACGAUACGAUCGACGCAUCUCUGACCUCUACGCGUUCGGCACGGAUGAACGAGAAUCGUGAACGAGUUUCUAGCUCAAACUUAAAACGCGACUACUGGUUGCCGCGUUUUCUUAGCCAUAAGCGGGCACGGCCCUCCCCGGCCGUUCUCGACUCUUCUUUGUUUCUGUUUCCGUUUAUAUAUAUAUAUAUUUUUUUUUCCUUUUCGAGAAUUGCGUGCACCCGCGUGGCGCAAGUCCACGCCAACGGAUCUGUCGUCUCCAGUUCAACAAUCGUGCGAGUGUGUGACGAAAAAAAAAAAAAAUAAAAACGCCGAGGAUUUGUGUACGAUAGUGUGAAUUAUUACGGAAAAAAAGAAGAAAAAAAAAAGAACAAUCGCGAACAAUCUUGUUGAAGUUGAUCGAUAAUCGUCGUUGUACCGUCGAAGCUGUGCUCGGGCUUUGGAAUUGGCUCAUUGACAAAAUGACGCGGAUACGAUGUCGUACGGAGAACGAUAAAACGUGACGAGUCCUCUUCUAGGUUUACUUAAGAUUAUCCGCUUACAGGGAACGCUUACAGAGCUCGGGGUUUCGAGGUGUACGGAUUGUCAAUGAUUCGUACGAGAUGAUCGUUUAACGCUCGUAAAUAAUGUUGGAGAUUAAUUAUUUUCCUUCCGUUCUUCAGGAUCGUUGUUCCCGUUCGUUAUCGAUUAUUAUCCUCGAAGCCUGUCCUCCGUACGCGUUUACGUAAGAUCGAGGUGAAAAUUUCUUCCUCGAUGAUCUCGUCGAUGCUGGCAACGCUCGUUAACGAA